CGUUCCCCCGGCGCUGCUCCGCUCCCGGCCGCCCCUGCCCCCGCCGGGACCGCGGCUCCGCUUCCGUCCGCCCUCCCCGCCCUCCUCUCAGCCGGCCCGAGGCGGCGCACAGCUCUGGCGCAGUCUCGCGACACUUCCCGCAGCGCCGAGCCGGAGCCGACGCUCGCCCCGGCAGCAGCAGCGGCAGCCGCGGCGAUCGCUGCCCGCGGCUGGGAGCCCGAGCCGCUCCCGCGCCCUCGCCCCGCCGCGCCGCGCUCCCCGCCCGCCCCUCCCGCGCCUCGGCGGCACAGGCUCCUCCAGGCUCUUUCCCGGCGGCAGCGGGGACCCAGGUGGCUGCAGGAGCUGAAGGCUGAGCCCCUUCUCUCGCCUGAUUUCUGUAUAUUCCCUUUUUCUCACACACUGAGGCUGAGGGAGCCGCGGCGCAGGGCUCAGGAUGCAGCCGGGCUGCGGCGGCUGCUGAGCUGAGCGCGGCGGCCGCCGGAGGAGGGAGCGGCUCUGUCAGCGCCUCCGCUCCGCGCGGCUGUGGCGGCUCGGGCGCUCCCUCGCCCCCUUCCUUCGCCGUGGCCACCCGCCCCAAACUUUCAGCCUGUUCUCGCUGCCAGGCGAAGCCCAGCUCGACAUAAAUGGUGGAGGCCAUAGUGGAGUUUGACUACAAAGCUCAACAUGACGAUGAGCUGACGAUCACUGUAGGUGACAUCAUCACCAACAUCAAGAAGGAUGAUGGAGGAUGGUGGGAAGGACAGCUCAAAGGCAGAAGAGGUUUGUUCCCUGACAACUUUGUAAGAGAAAUAAAGAAAGACAUGAAGAAAGAAAAUACUGCCAACAAACCACCAGAGAAGCCUAUAAAUGAAGUUUCCAAUGGAAGCCCUUUACUGUUGUCUGAGACAAUUAUUAGAACCAACAAAAAAGGUAAMGUUUAUGGAUGCUUAAAUACAGAUUAAAUUCAGACCUUCCAAAGAACAAAAUGUAAACCUUCCUUGUAUCUAGAAAUAAAGCUAAAGUCUGCUUAACUAAAAAGGCAUAGCAGGAAUAAUAAUAGCAAAAAAAAUCUUAGUCCUCUUGGACUGGCAUGUAUGGAUACAUGUAUUAUGUCUGAUAUUUCCAUAUKAAUUUGCACAGACAUCCCUUUCUUKUCAAGGAAAUCYCUCCUCAACACAUUUAAUUAAGGAAAGCUAUAUGAGGAGAUAUAUGAGGCUAAAGCUUAUUAAAAUAAGGAACUGGCAGCUUGCACACAUGAU